AUGGCGCCAAUGAAUAAUCAGAAUUUGAAUUACAGUAGUAAUUACGGCGAGGCCGCUGCCCAGAAGGUCAAUGUCCUUGCCUCUUGCUACCUCGUCGACUCUGCCGCCAACCUCAAGGGCCUCCACUACUGCACUACCGGGGUUGCAGGUCCCUUCCUCAGGACUACCCUCCCCUCCAACAAGCCCCCCCUCGCCGCACUAACCUCGUCUAACGAGCUCGCCCUUCUGCCCAAGAGCAAGAAGCGCGAGAUCCCAGGCCGGCGCCUGGGUCGACGAGGGGGGGCAGCACUUUCGAUCAGGGAAGAAUGUGAGAGAUUCUUUUGCGAGUCCAUGAAGGCGACUUUCCACGGUGAGAGGAAUUCGUCCAUGAAUGGCUCCGGCCUGUCUGGUGCUUUUUUACCAACGCCGCCGUCCGAUGACCGGCUUCCCGAACACUUCAAGCCUGUUUCUGAUGACAAGCUAUCUGCCUACAAUAUUACCGCUUGGCUGGAGAUGUGGGACUAUGCCGGCGGAGCGAGCUUCCGUGCCUUUGUUGCUGAUGACGGAGAGGAGAAAUCCCUCUUUGUUUUCUUUGAUAUCGAAGGCGUACUUGGCCGAGACCUGAAAAAGGCUCUGAUGGCUCUUAUCGAACUGGCCGACGGUCCUCUGGACUGUGCCCACAUUGUCACUUGCAUAGAUAGACGCAUCCCUGCGGACGACGUCCACUCUUUGACCAAAAGUCUACAGUGGGUUGGCUUCGACAUGGUUACUCUAGACCACUGGGCUCAUGGUCUUGAUGUCACGAGCAAGAAGUGGAUGUUGAUGGGUAUGGAGCUAUAGGUAUCGUCGCUUUCCUGUCUUUUGUGGAGUUAGGGAGUGGAUGUAUUUCCUUAGUUUCUGUUGUGUCAUUUUUCGUUCGUCGGUGUUUACCAAAUUUUGUCUGGAGGCUCUCUCGGCGGUUUGCUCUGCUAUUCUUGGAGAGAUCUGGCAGCGUCGGGCGUUGAGUCGCAGAAAAGUUCAACAGUCCCAGGGCUUUUGGCGCAUCUCUUUUCUUUUCGUUCACGGAUUUUAAGGGUGUAGGAGCUUAUAGGUGUUUUUGUCAUUCUGAAGCUUUCACGGUGAUGACUUUCAACGUAGUACAAACCUGCUAGUUA